AUGGAGAAGCAGGAGGGCAAGCUGUUCCUGGGUGGCUUAGACAACCAGACCACAAAGGAGAACCUUGUGGAGUAUUGUGAGCAAUGGGGUGCUGUGAGCGAUUCUGUUGUGAUGGAAAACAGGGGGUUUGGCUUUGUCACGUUUGAGGACCCAGCAUGUGCCCAGAAAUUCCUUGAGCAUCGCGACCAUUUCAUUAUGGGAAAAGGUGUUGAGGCCAAGGCAGCAGUUCCCAAGAAUGCCGGUGGCAGCAGCAACCUCACGAAAAAGAUGUUCGUGGGCGGAACGGGUGAACUCUCGGACCAAGACUUUAAGCUGUACUUCGACCCAUAUGGAGAAAUUGAAGAUGCUGUGAUUGUCCGCACCAAGGAAGGCUCUUCUCGAGGCUUUGGCUUUGUGACAUUCAAAGAUGAGAUCUCAGUCGAAAAGUGCCUGGUGCAAAUGCACACCCUCCCCAAUGGAAAGUCAGUUGACCUCAAGAGGGCCGUUCCCCGCGAGCAAAUGGGUGGCAGCGGCCCCAUCAGUGGCAGCUACUCAAACGGGGGCCCUGGCGGGUUUGGGGGACGCCGUGGUGGAGGACGGGGGGGUGGAGGCAUGGAUGGUGGCUAUGGAGGGAUGCCCUAUGGUGGAGGUAUGGGUGGCAUGAGCCCCUAUGCGUCUUAUGGCGGUGGAGCAUUGAGUGGCUAUGGCGGGUAUGGCGGCUAUGGUGGGGGUCCGAUGGGUGGUGGCUAUGGCGGGGGUGGCGGUCCAGGUGGCUACGGGCGCGCCCCAGCAGCUCGUGGCGGGUUCGGUCGAUACAGGCCGUACUGA